AUGGUCAACAUCACCUACGGCGACCUCAUCGCCUCGAGCCAACUCGCCGGACCCUUGUCUUACUCGAUCCAGCCCGGCGGGACAGACAUGAUUGUCACGCUUGCGGGUGGACAGGUGGCGAGUUACGAUCCGGGUGAUAUCGCAUGGCUACUCGCAUGUACCGCACUCGUAUGGCUCAUGAUUCCUGUGAGAACCGCGGCUGAUGCGUGGUAUCGGACGCAGGGCGUCGGAUACCUCUACUCGGGUCUCGUGCGGCGGAAAAACGCUUUGACGGUGCUCUUCUUGACGAUGCUAGCCAUGGCGAUCAUCUCCUUCCAGUGGUUCUUCUGGGGCUACUCGCUCGCCUUCUCCCCAACCGGCGGCAAGUUCCUCGGCGACAUGCACUUCUUCGUCCUCCGACACGUGCUCGAGACGCCCGUCCCGCAGGCGAACAACAAAGUCCCCCAAGUCGCCUACAUGAUCUAUCAAAACAUGUUCGCCGCCCUCGUCCCCGCAGUCCUCAUCGGCGCCGCCGCCGAACGAGGCCGGAUCCUCCCAGCCUGCAUCUUCUUCUUCUGCUGGUCAACCGUCGUCUACUGCCCUGUCGCGCAUUGGGUCUGGGCGCCCGAGGGUUGGGCGUUCCAAUAUGGCAUCCUGGAUUAUGCGGGCGGAGGACCGAUCGAGAUUUGUUCCGGUGUCACCGGCUUGGUGUACAGUAUCUUCCUCGGCAAGCGAAGGGGGUUCGGGACGCACAUCCUCUCGUUCAAGCCGCACAACGUCAGCUUUGUGAUUCAGGGAACGAUCUUGCUCUGGGUCGGCUGGCUCGGCUUCAACGGCGGCUCGACCUUUGCAGCAAACAUCAAAGCCGCCGUCGCCAUCGUCAACACGAACCUCGCCGCAUCCUUCGGUGGCCUCGCAUGGAUGUUGCUCGACUACAGGCUCGAGAGGAAGUGGAGCGCGGUCGGGUAUUGCACGGGAGCUAUUUGUGGACUGGUCGCGAUUACUCCUGCGGCUGGCUACGUCGGUUACGGCCCCUCGAUCUUCAUCGGCGUCGUCGCGGCCGCCAUGUCCAACUUGCUCACGACGCUCAAAGGCUUCUUCGCCUUUGACGACGCAAUGGAUAUCUACGCCUGCCACGGCGUCGCGGGUAUUUGCGGACUCGUCUUUACGGGCGUGUUUGCGCAGGCUGAUAUUGCCGCGACGGACGGCUACACGGUCAUCGAUGGAGGCUGGCUCGACGGUCACUAUAUCCAGGUCGGGAAGCAGUUGGCGUACAUUUGCGCCGUGUGGGGAUGGACGUUCGUCGUCUCCUACGCUCUGAUGUUCCUUAUCAACCUUAUUCCUGGGUGCAAGUUCCGAGUCGACGAGGAGGGCGAAAUUAUCGGUGUUGACGAGGUCGAGACCGGCGAGUUCUGCUAUGACUUCAUCGCUCUCCGACGAGAAGUCGACUCGACGCACGGCUUCUACCCCCUCUCGACUCCGAACCAGCACACCUCUGCCUCUGCGCACCCGGGCCCCGCAGCACACGUCAAGCCCGCCUCGAUCAACUCUUCCGAAGAGCGUCUGCGGCAUCGUCACGAAGUUGCGGCGAACGGCGGACACGAGGUUCGGUAUGGACAGGAAUCGAGGCUGAGCGGGGCGGAUCUCGAGAGAGGAGAGUCGGUGACGGGUGACGCGGGCGGUGGACCGAGUCAGGCUCCUCCGGCGAACUCGAGGGAGGCACAGAUGGCGCAGGGAUUGAAUGGCGGGCACGAGAUGAGCGAGAAGGUGGAAAAGGUGCAGUGA